AUGGCACAGCCGUCAACGGGCAACUGCGAGCAAGACUUCUGGAAUGCUCACAUUUUCUUCAAGGCGCACUCGGCUGCCAUCUGGUCCAACGGGGGAUGGAAGGUGCUGCAGCAGGAGGGCUUCCACAGCGCGUGCCUCGACGGCGGGGGACACUUCUACUUCGCCCUGCUCGCCUCCAACAUGCUGUCCUCAGACCUGGGGGUCUGUGUACCCAGCUCUUGCAACGAGAACGACAUCACCUGGAAGGUCUUCCCGUUGAUCUUCAGGCACUUCUUCGACACCGGGGCCCAGCAAGGGCUCCAAUUCGGGGUUCGCCUCCACCAGUACCACCAGCUGGGCUUUGAGGAUCUCCGAGCGCCGGAGAUUUGGCAACUCGGCCUGGCCGUCGGCCUGCUGCUUUGCCUUCUCGGCGUUUCGGAGGGUCAGAAGGCGUCCGGACCGGGGGCGCAGAUCUGCUUGCUGGUCGCCGUUUGCGCUGGGGAGGUGAUGCUCUACACGCGUUGGCAGAUGUACGACUGGCACAGCCAGCACUUGCCCAUGUUCGCGCUGGCACGAAGCGUGGGAGAGCUCGCGCUCCAGGCUCAGUUGGCGCUUCAGCUGCUGCGCCUGGCGAGCUGUCGGAGUUUGGGCCAAGCCUGCCAGGCCGCGGCGCUGCGUGUGCUGCAGCUGGCCUUCGCCUUCGCCGCCUGCUGCCUCGCCACGCGCCAGGCCGCCAGGCUUACGGUGAACGUCUUCUCCCAGGGCGCGUGGUACCAGACCUGGUCCAGGUGCUUCCAUGAGGUGGAGGAGCCCUGGCUUGAGAUCCUCUUGCAUGGCCGAGAUUGCCGGCACCUCCAACGCCUGCGCUCGGAGCUGCAAGUCCUCUUCUGCUCGCUGCCGCUGCUGCUGCUGGCGAGCCUUUCCAAGAAAGCCGCAGCCGUUGCUGUGGCAGCGGCCUGCUGCGCGUGGCUGAACGGCGUCCCUGACUGGGUGAACGACGAGCUGACCUUUGCGCAGAUCGCCACCUCCGCGGCCUUGCUCAACGCGCGGUGCGCGUCGGCUUCUCGGAAGUGCGGCGCGGGCGUGGCGCUCAUGGCGCUGGCUGCCACUGGGUACAGCGAUCUGGAUGCGCAGCGCAUGCGGCUUGCGCGGGCGGCCAUUUGGCCGUGGCUGCUGUGUUUGGGGGACGUGUCUGACUUCUCCCUUGGGGCAGACUUGGCGAUCCCCAUGCUGCCACUGGCGCUCUUUGUGCUGGAGGGAUACGUGGAGCCGCAUAGCAAAGAUCUUACGGGCUGCGACUUCCUGGCGCGUCUGCUUGGCCUCACCUUGGUCGCGCUCUUCUGCGGGCAGGUGUUGAGCCGCCUGCCCAGCGGGCUACAGCGCCUCGCGCGGCUGCUCAGUGCGGAGGCGCGGGUAGCGUCACUGGAAGCUCAGCUUGAGGCGGAGCGCCAGAUGCGACUCUCGGGCCAAGCCGGGCAGCAGAUUUCCACGAUGGCUUUGCCUGGCAGCCCCAUCGGUGCGCCCAUCCGAUCCGAUCUGAUCUUCGCAGUCCUCACCCUGGGAGCUUUGGCGUGCAGCCUCACCGCCAUGCGGGUGGCUUUUAGCCAGCAGUGGGCGGCUGCUGCGGGGCUCAUCAUGGCCGCUGCGGUGUGCGAUGGCUUGGACGGGCAUGUGGCCAGGUUGCUGGAUGCCGUGACCGUCUUCGGAGGUGAAUUGGACAGCCUAGGGGACCUCGUGAACUUCGGUGUGGCGCCAGCGAUCGUGAUCUAUGCCUGGGCGGACGAGAAAGCAGGAGACUUUUGGGACGUAGUGCUGUGGAUCAGCUGCGUAUUCUUCUGCCAGGCGUGUGCCCUGCGGCUGGCGCGCUUCAACUGCUCCCCCGGGGGCCCUGCCUUUCAAGGUGCGCCGCCGGAGAACCAAAAGACGGAGAAGUCAGGCGACUCGAGCGGGGUUCCCAGCGGGCCCAAUGCGGCUCUCAUCGAGCGCGGCUCCAAGUUCCUUGCGCGGUCCAAGUUCUUCACCGGGGUGCCAGCACCCAUGGGGGCGAUGCUGGCCCUGUGCAUCCGGCAUGGAUCAUUGCAGAAGCUGCGGAUAGUCACGCGUCGCGUACAUAGCGCUGGCUUCGGCUGA